AUCUUUCUUUCUAAUCUCCCGAAUUUCAUCCCUUUUUGUUCUUCUCAAUUCACCAAUUAGGGUUCUUGAUGAUGAAAUGUUUCAGUAUUUUCAAAACCAAGAAAAGAGGGAAAUCUUCACCGGAGCUCAGGGAGCAAAACGCAUCAACAAAGCCACCUACAAGAUUAGUCAAGUCAACAGGAUCAAUCUCUUCACCAAGAACCAUACCAGAAUUGUACAAAGAAAAAGGACAUAAUUUGACCAAGUUUUCCUUUUCAGAGCUCAGAAAUGCUACGAAUAAUUUCAAUAGGUUAUUAAAGAUCGGAGAAGGUGGAUUCGGGAGUGUUUAUAAAGGCUCUCUUAGACCUCCUCAUGGUCAAGGUCCUCCUCUUGUCGCUGCCAUUAAGAAGCUCAAUAGAAAUGGCAUGCAGGGGCAUAAAGAAUGGUUAGCAGAGGUUCAAUUUCUUGGGGUUGUGGAUCACCCUAACCUUGUAAAGCUUUUGGGAUACUGCUCGGUAGACGGAGAACGAGGGAUACAGAGGCUAUUGGUUUACGAGUACAUGCCGAACAAGAGCUUAGAAGCUCAUCUUUUCAGCCGGACGUUGCCACCGAUUCCUUGGAAAACAAGGCUACGGAUCCUCCUUGGAGCAGCCGAGGGUCUCGCUUAUCUUCAUGAGGGUUUGGAGAUCCAGGUUAUAUUUCGUGACUUCAAGUCUUCGAAUGUGUUGUUGGAUGAGAAGUUCAAUGCGAAACUUUCGGAUUUUGGUCUUGCUAGAGAAGGACCACAAGGGGACCGCACUCAUGUAUCUACAAUGCCUGUUGGGACGUACGGAUAUGCUGCACCGGAGUACGUGGAAACCGGGCAUCUCAAGUCGAAGAGUGAUUUGUGGAGUUUCGGAGUGGUGUUGUACGAGAUCCUAUCAGGCAGAAAGGCGAUCGAUAGAAACCUACCACAAUCUGAACAGAAACUGAUCGAAUGGGUGAAACAGUUCCCGGCGGACAGCAAGAGGUUUCGGAUGAUGAUGGAUCCUCGUUUAAAGAAUGAAUAUUCAAUGGAGGGGGCGAGGAAAGUUGCGAAACUGGCGAAUAGUUGCCUGCGUAGGAACCCUGAUGAGCGACCGGAAAUGAGUAGGAUUGUGGAUGUGUUACAAGAGGCAAUAAGAGAGUCGGAAGAGGAUACCAUAUCUGGAAUGCUGCCCAAGCGGAGAAUGGGUGAUGUCGCUUAGGUAAUUAAAGAGUCGCUGCUAUAUAGUUUUAAUACGACUCCCAACCCAGAUUAUUUGGAUAUAUAUAUAUAUAUAUAUAUAUAUAUAUGAGAAAAUUUAUAGGAAAGUUUAUGGCAAUAAGGCUCGGUAGGGAUUUUCCCUGACUGUUUCUGUUUCUGUUUUUUAGGAUGAGUACCAGACGAAAGAAAAGAAAAGGAAGUUUCAAAUAGAUUCAAUUUUAGAGGGAGAUUGUUGUUUAUGUCGAUGAAAUUGAAAGGGUUUGAUUUUGGGUUUC